UGCUGUGUAAGGAUUUUAUUUGAUUUAUUCUCCAUCGAUCAUCUCAUCAGAUCUGCAAACGAUGCCAGUCAAGACAAUUACAUUGUCCACAAACCCAGUGUUGGUUCAACAGCAUGUCCUUUCUAUUUCACUCAAAGAUAACGAUUUCAAUAACGACAGCAACAAAACCAGAGCCCUCUCAGCCACCAUCUUGACCUAUGGUGCCACGCUUACCCAUUUCAUAGUCCCGGACCGUUGGAACCAGCCUCAAGAUGUAGUUCUUGGAUUUGACCAUUGGCAGGACUAUCUCGCGCAAUCAGAACCUGGUGCAUUGAAUCCUUACUUUGGAGCCAUUAUCGGACGUACUGCCAGUCGAAUCGCACAUGCAUCUUUCAACCUCCAAAAUAGCUAUGAGCGCACACGCGAGGCUGAAGUUGCGGUAGAAACAGCGGCAGAAACAGCGGCAGUAAAUGCACCACUUGCAGAUGGGUCUGUGGUCUCAGAGAGGAACAGCGGCAGCGGCAGCAGUGCUAUUCCUCAAAAAACUUCCACAUUUUCCACAUUUCCCUCUACAGAUAUAUCAACCCACACUUUAAAAGUGUCUAACGGUAAGGAUUGUCAUCACGGUGGCCCCUUAGGAUUUGAUAAGCAACACUGGGCAACCAUCAGUGUCAAGAAUGAGGAUGAGGAAAAGGAUAGUGAUGGAGUAUUAGCUGUUUCUGUUACUUUGCAGUUGAUCUCUCCACAUGGUCAAAACGGCUAUCCAGGACGAUUGGUCACUGAUGUCAAGUACCAGUUGAACAGCUCUGGCGAAUUAAUUAUUGAAUAUCGGGCUCAGUUGCAAAAAAAAGGAUCGGACAAUAGCAAUGACUUGGAUUUGCACAGUACCAUUGUCAAUUUAACAAACCACACAUAUUGGAAUUUGGAUGGUGUUCUGAACCCUGUGGAAGAUCAAGCUCAAGGCCUUCUUCCAUCAGCUAUGGUCAUAGACGCAGAUGCAGCCACAACGACAAUAGGAAAUCCAAACAAUUCCUCUCAAGCUCAUACUCGCACUACCAUCACUCCAACCAUCACGAACCGCCUCUCAGUCAAGGAUCAUACAUUAUGGCUUAAUACCUCAAACGUCAUAGAACUUGGUGACCCACAUCCAGUCCCAACUGGCAAGAUCAUUCAUCUUCAAGAGGCAAACGACCGUGAUAGCCUUUUAAUUUUUUCAAUGAACAUAGCAAAAGCGGGCCAAAAGAAAUUAGAGCCUGGGUUAAAUGGCAUUCAAGGUGGAUAUGGAUAUGAUCAUGUCUAUGCUCUUGGCGAUGAUGGCCCGCCAUCAUCUUUAUUCUCUUCUCCCUCUUCUUCAAUAUCAACUUUAGAUGGGUCUAUUAUCGCCAGAUACAACAAAAUUGGGAUCCAAGGCUAUCUCCCAUCCACACCUCAUGUUGCUACUCUCACUUCAUCCAGGACAGGCAUUCGUCUCGAUCUCUUUACUUCGGAGCCUGCGCUCGUCCUCUAUUCAGCAGGAUAUCUAGAUAGCUCUCUCCUUCCACGUACCAAAUCCCAGUCUUUCGAUUUGCUUGACUCGUCUUCAACAACUUUUUUUAGUUCGCCAACUGCCACAUCACAACAACGAUCUUCGGGUUCAAACAUAAACAACAGCGAGGAUCAAGACAGUUAUAGCAGGAAUCCGGUCAAGUCUGUUUCAAUUGUUGCUGAGAUGAGCAAAUUCUCGGGGCUUUGUCUUGAACCCAUUCGAUAUCCCGAUGCCAUUCAUCAUCCUGACUGGGCAAACAUGGUUAUCCUACAUCAUGAUCAAAUUUACCGCCAAAAAUCAAUCUACAAGUUCAGCAUUGAGCCAUAGAUUUAUAUUAAUCAACAGCGAUGAAGCUGUCAAAUUCAAUUCAAUUCAAUUCAAUUCAAUUCAAU